CGAAUAUCUACAGAUGUUGUUAGUUAUGUUGCCGCGUAUUUUUGAUAAAAAGAGACAUGGAUGUUACAUACAUCGCUCGAAAUUUGAAUCUGAUAGGCUUUUUUAUUGGUAGACAAACCAAAUUUGAACCAAUUUUGUUAAAUAAGAUUGUUAGAUUUACGCUAAAUGUAACGAUUAUCUUAUCAGUAUCUACAUUCUAUGCAAUUUUUAAUAUUUUAAAGAAAAUAUUAUUCGUUACACUAUUUCUUGAUUUGUGGAUGUUUAUAAAUAAAAUGUAUUUAGUAACAAUUCCUGAAUGUUACGUUUAUGAUGGAGAUUUUUACGAUAAAUUAAACGAUAUCGAUAAAGAAUUGAAUACAGACAAACGUAUUCUUAAAAAACAAAAAUUUCGUGUUAAUCAGUUAAUUACAUUUUGGCUUACUAUGUUUACUAUUUCCAGAUCUUUUGUGAAAUUGAUAAGCAACGACCUUUUAGUAAAUGUAUGGUAUAUAUUAAAUGAUUCAAUUACUCAUCUUAAUAGGCUUCAUAUUGUGGCGAAUAUCACAACGAAUGCGUUUUUAAUAAAAGAAAGGACAGCAAUGACUUAUGAACAUUUAAUCAAUUUUAAAAUAAUGAUUCUUCUAAUAUUGCAUAAAAAGACGACAGAGACAGAAGAAAUUAUUAUGGACAACAUAUGCAAAGAAAAUUUGCAACGAAUGAUUAAAAUUUUAUGUAAAAUAUGCGACGCAAUUGAUAAAUUUAAUAGACGCCACAGAGUCGAAAUAUUUCAACAGUUCACUUAUAUUUUCUGUUCAAUUUUACUGCAUGUAUUUUAUAAUCAGUUCGAAGCGAUUACAUUCAAGAAAGUUAUAUCAAUUACAUUUUGGAACAUCUUUUAUCUGGGGACUAUUAUUUCGAUGCUUCACACUGCUACAGUGACCACGAAAAUAAUGAGCGAAAUCCCUAAAGUUGUUCAAGAUAUUGUUUUAGAAAUUAUUCGGUGUAACAAUUACACAUUUCAACAACAUAAAGUGUUGUUAGAGGAGCUUAUACUAUUUUCUGAAUUGGCUUCAUCACCUGGCUUAAAAUUUUCGAUUUAUGGUAUAGCCAACUUUAGUUAUAGCAUAUUAAUUUCUUUUGCCAGUAACAUUGUAUCUUAUGUAGUAGUUUUGAUGCUUUUUAAAUAAAUCGAUUUUUUUCAAUCAAAUAAGUAAUAUAUAUUUUUUUUACAAUACCGACCAAUCGUGUUGGAUGUCUUCAGUUUCGGUAAAAGGAUCGUAUCGUUUUCCAAACCUUUAUUUAAAGUAAAAUGGUCAAAAGUAAAUCUCCCUAUUACCAAUUAAUAUUCGUUAAGAAUAAAUGGAUGAUCCUUGUGAUUAUAUGCACUGAAACAAACAAAACAGUUACAUAAAGAAAUUAGCGUCACACAUAUACAUGUAUUAGCUUAUGUAAAAAAUCAAUAAAACUAAAUAAUAAAAUUGCAAUUACAAAGA